UCGUGUUUGUUCGAGUUGUCAUUCUCCUUAUUUGUGUUUACAAAGCUUGCCCAAAUAUCUUACCGCUUGGGUUUUGAAGGAUUCCUUUGGAACAAGCUGAAGCUGUCCUGGAGCGUCUUGAGGGGACAAAGAGGGGUGAUGGCAUGUGAUGGCUCCAAAAUCUCCUGCUCAAGCUCUUUCACGUUCGUCGUUUAUGUUUUGUUGGGAUUCAAAGGUGGGAUUCAAUCUACUGUAUCUCUGCUCGAUUCAAAGUUGGCAACAAACAAUCCGAAGACCCAGCUGCGAAGGUGUUUGGACAACAUGGUUUGCACAACGAAGGGCAAACUGGACUCCAUCGAGAUCACUGUAAGUCAAAAGAAGAGGCAGGUCGGAGCGGUGCAGCAGAAGUUCAAGGUCCCAGAGCUUUGCUGCUGCUUCAGGGGAGGUGAAAAACAAAGCUCAUGAGUUUUGCUUGGCAGAUUUGGUCUCCGGUUUUCAUGAUGCCUGCACAGACGAGAUAGGCCCUCACGAGGUGCCAGUGGAAAAUACUCUCGGUCGCGCCCUGGCGUUAUAUGGCCCAAUUGGCCAGGUCUAUGGAGGCGAAGCUCUCCACUUUCAGCUGAAACAUCCCAACUACGCCUUCAUCGGUGCUCGCCAUCAACUUCGACGGGUACACCUUGCACUCUAUAAGAAGCACAAGUUCCUUGAUCAUGACAAGGAUCUGUGGUCUGACCAUAUCUGACCCUUUUCUCUUCAAAUUUGUUGCCGCAUGUUGGAGAAAUUCUAUUGGAAGCGCUUGCUGCAGCCCGAGAUUGACGACGAAACUCAUGGGGAGCAACGCAGUCGAGAGCAGGCCCGUCAGGUGAGGAGCUAACGACAUUUUUGCCCAGUCACCGUUGCUCUGAGACAACGAGGCUUUGAGGAAAGUCUCUUGAAGAUCGUAGAUCAGUGGUUGCAGAGGUUCUUUUGCUUUGGUUGGGAUCCCCGUCCGCAGCACAUGGGCAACUUUCAGAGACUCAUUAAGGUGCUCUUCAAGGUGAAAGUGGACAAGAGUGACCCAUUUCGAGAUCUGCGACGGAUUGGCGUGCCCUGCUGACGCAAAACUCGGACAAGCUUUUGGAGGCCUGUGACCACCGAGCUAGCACCAGGGACUUGGAGGCAAUCGACAAGCGAGUAGUGCUGGGCCGCAGCUUUUUCCAGGUGUUGGCGGAGAUGAACUGCAGUGACCUGGGGUUCAGCACUGGAGACUUGGUGGUCUUCCUGCCCCUGGGGGUCGCCGGUGGUUGGUGCAGCAUGCUCGAGCUUGACAGCGUGCUGCCAUGCUCAGGCCUUGUGAUCCCUGCGGCCUGCGCUUGCAUCGGCCUGGCGGCUGUCUACAAGGAUGGCUUGGGCAAGCUUGUGUCCAAGUUCUGCAAGCCUUCAAAAGAUGUCAUCAUGGGGGGCCAUUCUUCGUGGAAGAACCGGAAGAAAAGGAUGACGAGGAUGAGGCUGAUGAGAGCCUGGGGGUGAACCUGGACGAGGAAGUCACCUUUGAGUUCCUGUUGGGCACCGGGCUGUGGCAGACCAGCUUGAGGCUCACCUACGACACUGUGAUCUCAAUGGACUUGAACCCCCCCUCGCCGGUGAUGCGGCAAGCCUACUCUUACAAGUACCAUGACUACCGACACUUCCAGAAACAUGGGACAGUUGGGCAAGUUGGUCAAAUGUUUUGGGGAGGCGGAGGCGGAGGUUGGAAGGACAAACGACAAGGGUGGAAAACGCAGAACUAUUGAGAACUGCUGAGCGAAAUUAGUGCAUCAUUUCAAGACCUCCUGCCCUUGGGACAUGACUUUCUGGAAAGUAGUUGAUCAUCUAUAGAAGCCAUUUUGUGAGAGUUGCCAGGAGGUCCAACAACGGGCUGCAACCCUACAGACUCUCUGCACUUGCGCAUAUGUGGAACGCAGAACUAUUUAGAACUUCUGACCGAAGUUGGUGCGGACCAUUUCAGGCGCACUCCUAUGACCUUUGCCCCUGCCCUAUACCUCCUUAGGUAUUGCAAAAGCCUGCAUCUCCCAA